CGCACUCCGCCUAGGAAUUUCCCUUGUUACCUUCGCAGUGCAGCUCCUUCGGUCUCGCCAUGGCCUCUGCCGGUCUGCAGAUCCUGGGGAUCAUCCUGACCCUGCUGGGCUGGGUGAAUGCCCUGGUGUCCUGUGCCCUGCCCAUGUGGAAGGUGACCGCCUUCAUCGGCAGCAGCAUCGUGGUGGCCCAGGUGGUGUGGGAGGGGUUGUGGAUGUCCUGCGUGGUGCAGAGCACCGGCCAGAUGCAGUGCAAGGUGUACGACUCGCUGCUGGCGCUGCCGCAGGACCUGCAGGCUGCCCGCGCCCUCUGUGUGGUAGCCCUCCUCAUGGCCCUGCUUGGCCUGCUGGUCUAUCUUGCUGGGGCCAAGUGUACCACCUGUGUGGAGGACAAGGACUCCAAGGCCCGCCUGGUGCUCACCUCUGGGAUCAUCUUUGUCAUCUCGGGGGUCCUGACCCUAAUCCCCUCCUGCUGGACGGCGCACACCAUCAUCCAGGACUUCUACAACCCCCUGGUGGCUGAGGCCCUCAAGCGGGAGCUGGGGGCAUCCCUAUACCUGGGCUGGGCGGCCUCGGGCCUUUUGUUGCUGGGUGGGGGUCUGCUAUGCUGCACCUGCCCCUCAAGGGGGCCCCAUGGCCCCAGUCAGUACAUGGCCCGAUACUCGGCAGCAUCUGCCCCUGCCACCCCCCAGGGGCCCUCCGAGUACCCCACCAAGAAUUACGUCUGACAAGGGUCAGAGAAUGGGGGCCCCCAUCCGUGAAGCCAUCAAGAGAUAGUGGUGCCUGACAGCUUGGGGGCAGGUUUUUACCUUUUGUCUUU